UCACUGAUGUUUGUGCAUCGGCAGUAGCUGGCAGGCUGCAGCGUAUCUUGAAAAAAUCUCCCCAAGUCCCCAUUCAAUCGCAAAAUAAGGAAGUGUACGGAGUCGCGUUGAGAAAAAUAAUAAUCUUCGAACCGAACGUCCAGUUUACAGGUGCAAAAUUCGCGUUCUUGAGCGCGGACUGUGCAGUUCAAUCACCGAGGAUUGGAUUUAUCGUGAAAAUCGACGGCAAAAAGUUGCCAAGCGAGCAGAAAAACGGGAAAAUUCAGUGCAAGGAAAAUUUACGACGGAUUAGUGAAAGGUCUUUUCCAUCGCUGUUGAAUUUCUCCAAUCGUGGACGUGGUGCCAUCCGUCCCUUUCGGUGUCCACUGCUGGGGUGUGCAACACAGUAACAAAGAGUAUACGGUUUAUUGCUUUGAGAGUGGACCAUCCCAGGCAAAAAGAAGGGGCCUAAAUUUAGAUCAAGUUUGUUUUUACACACCCUGCUUGUAAAACUACAUCACGACCCAGUGCCUAGUGUUUUGUCAGAAGAUUAAAAUUUGAUUGUGACUCAUCAUCACAGUUCGUAGAUAGCAGCGGAACAGGUACAACCAGCCAACCGUCCGUCCCAACCACACACACUGACCCGACUGGUCUGGUCUGGUCUGUCAGUAGUGUUCAGCUCCAGUGGCAACAGCGGACAGUGGUUGCAUCAUGGAUAUUACGCUGAUAGUCAAAGCGUCGAACCAGCAGUUCGACGAUCAGACGAUCAAAUGCGAACCAUCCUGGACGAUUCGGCGACUCAAGGGACACCUGACGGAGGUGUACCCGGGGAAACCCACCACCGACGAGCAGAAGCUAAUCUACUCCGGUCAGCUGCUCGGCGAUAGCGUCAUACUGAAAGAUAUUCUCCGUCACUACGAUGGCCAACAGGCUCAUACUGUACAUUUAGUAUUCACGCCGAAAAACAAUCGUCACAGGGAUUUCAGCUCCAACAAUAACUCCGGUGGUAGUUCCAGCUCCAACAAGACCAUGUCGCCAAAAACAAGCAGUGAAUCCGGGGCCACAUCUACAGCUGCCAGUUCCAGAGGUAACAGUGAACCUGUGCGGUCUCCGGAACCGGGAGCAGAUGGUUUGCGCCAGAGGAACAUAACCGGAGGCCAGAGUAGCAACGCAGCGCCGACCAUGAACACGAGUCCCAUUUCACCGGCUUCGGCUGACUACAUCAUGGGCCAACAUUUGGCAAUGCAGAACUGGAUGCAACAGGCUUACAUGCAGUAUCUGAAUCAAUACAUGAAUGUGAUAUCCAACGGACAAAACCCUCAAUCACUAUACGCCAGUGCUCCCACAAACCUAACAAACUCCAACAUACCUCAACCUAGUCCCCAAGCGGCCGCCCUGGCAACUCCAGCGAUCCAAAAUCCCAUUCUAGCUCAAACUCUACCCAACCUGGCGUACUAUCCGUACCUGUCCACAAUGAAUUCAUCACCGAUGCCGUCGGCCAGUAGCAUUCCAGCUCCGAUAACAUCUAGUGGCCCGAUUCCAACUAGCCCAACAUCAUCAGUAGACAGUGUGACGGCCGGUCCUUCUAGUCAGCCAACAAUCCCGAGCAGUGCAAGCUCGUCACCAACAACGGCAUCUUCUGUGGUGCCUGGAACCAGCCCAGCCAGUUCACCUUCCAGUUCAACUGUAAACGCGGCAUCGACCGCCACCGCCGCCGCCGCUGCCGUUGAAGACACAUCAGCUCAGGCACAACAAGCGCCGGUAGCUGAUGCUGCUCCUGCUGCUGCAGCCGCUCCAGCCCGGAGGUUCCCGAACAUUGUCGUGGAAGAGCAAGAGAACCGCGAUUGGUUGGACAUUUUCUUCAGCAUGUGCCGAGUGGGAAUUCUCAUGACCGUCGUUUAUCUUUACUCGUCACCAACACGGUGUUUGACAGUUUUCCUAAUCGGAAUAUCUCUGUAUCUCUACCAAAUUGGCUUUUUCCGUAACACUAACACCGACCGGUUGGAACGAGCCCGACGAAUGGUGGUGCAACAGAUGAACAACGCUCACGGCAUCCGGCCAAAUGUUGCCGGCCUUCGAGCAAGGGCACCUGUCGCUCCGGCUGCCGCUGAACCUGCUGCCAAUGCACAAGCACCAGCUACUCCACAACCGACGGCAUCCACAGCAACCGUAGCAGCUAAAGCCGACGCCGACACGACUGAUGGAGCAAAGUCUGCGGAAAGCAGUUCUUCGACAGAAAUUCGGAACAGCGCUUCAACGCAGGACUCGCCCGUAGAGGAGACACUCUCGACGGCGGUCGUGGAAUCCAAUGCCGAGGAACAGCCCGCUGAUCCAUCCGAAAUUGUACCGGAAGCGAACCGUGUCAAUCUGAAUGACGUCGCUGCUUUCCUUCGGACGUUGGUUUUGUCGUUUUUCACAUCCAUUAUUCCCGACAUGCCUGCCGCCUAGAUGACACUGUUGGACGCAAACGUCAGCAUCAUCAUCACACUUGUUUAGUUUCAUGGUUGGUAGAUCUAUCGAAUUCUGUGAAUAGCUAUUACACUGUUGUACGAAAUGUUUGUUGGAUAGGACUUCUGUUUUCUUUUAAUGAUCAUUUAAAUUUAUACACGAAACGAUACAUAGUAAACGAUUUUCUGUAAAUAUCACCUUUGGAUUUGCUUGUUUACGCAUAGUUUAGAGACAUUAUCACCUGAACCAAAUUAUAAAGUUGCAUUUCUCUUAACCUAUUUUAAGUUUAGGCACGCUAAACAAAAAUCCAAAAUAUUCAACGGACGCAUCUUUACCACGGAGUAGAACAAUGUCCCAAAUUUAUAUCGACGAACGCUUUUACCUUGAUAAUGUUAUGCUUAGUUUAGAGGUUCAAACGGUGGAAUAACGCACGGAACCAUACUGAUUGGAGGAACCAAACAAAAACCUGAAAAAUACGAAGAACCUCUCCAACUAGCAAAAGCUUUAAACAAUAUUAUGACCCCAAUAGUUUCGGAAACAAAACAAACAUGAACGGAACUAAUCCAAUGCACAGGAGGUGGCACGACAAAAACUGGCUGCGGUUUUUUAUGGUUCUAUUGAUUACAAUUUUCGUGGGAGGGACGUAAUCGUUCCGCUCACAGGAUAAACGUUUUUUUUUCUGUGCAAAUUAUUAAUUGUACGCUGUAAAAUAGACUCCAGAACAUAUGUUAUAACGAUUAAACUCAAGUGAAUAAUAAAUUUAUUUAUGUUCGUACUGGUAA